AUGGAGACAAACGUUGAAACAACGAUUACUUGGGUGAUAAGAAAUUUCUCUUCGUUAAAAUCAGUAUUUUAUUCUGAUAAUUUCGUUGUUGGUGGCUGCAAAUGGCGUCUUCAGGCCUAUUCAAAUGGAAAUUUAACGGCUAAUCAUUUGUCUUUGGUCCUAAACGUUUCUGAUAAUGAAACUUUGCCUAUUGGAUGGAGAAGACAUGCUAAAUUUUCUCUUACUAUAGUAAAUCAAUAUUCAGAAACACUCUCCCUACUACAAGAGACUCAGCACUGGUAUGAAGCUAAAUCUCCUUUACCGGGGUUUUUAAAAAUGAUACUUAGUAAACUUAAUGCCAACAAUGGAUUUGUAGUAAAUGGAGAACUCAGAGUUGUUGCUAAGUUACAAGUUCUUGAAGUUGUAGGAAAAUUAGAUGUAUCAGAUGAAUAUUUACCACUAGCUGUAACCAUAGAUGUCAAUGGGUUUCAAAUUCUUCCUUUACAGGGAGACUCGGUGAAGCGUUUGUUUGAAAGACACCAAGAUAUUGCAUCAAAUUUUCGUCCAAAGAAUCCAUACCUGAAGACAGCGUACAUGAAUUUUCUCCUGAGCUUAACACAAACGGUGUGUCAAUCUACUCUAAAACUCUCCAAUGAUGAUCUCUCUGACGCAGACGCUGUGCUGGCAUAUUUGAGAGAAGCAGGGUUUAAGUUGGAUUGGUUGGAGAAGAAACUUGAUGAAGUAAAGGAGAAGAAGAAGAAAGAGGAGGCUUGUUUGGCCCGGCUGAAAGAAAUUGAUGAAGAGCUUCUGCCAUAUAAGAAAAAGUGUUUAGACCUUAACGCUAAGAUGGAUAAGGUGAAGGAAGAGCUAUCGGCAGCUAGAACUCCUCUCUCCUUGGACGAUGACAAUGUAGUCUGA